ACACAACACACUUGUGCUUCCGGUGCAUUGCACUUUCGUCUGUUCGUCGUUGUCGGUGUGUGUUUUCGUUAAAAAGUGUUUUUUUUUACGUUGUUUGCUUACUUUACGUGAGAUUUAAUUAAGCACGUCCACAGAAUGGCAGAGGAUGUUCAGAAACAUUCGGUCCAUACCCUUGUUUUCAGAUCCCUCAAGAGGACUCAUGAUAUGUUUGUGUCAGACCAUGCAAAGCCGGUUGCACUGGACGAGGAAAGCCACAAGACUAAAAUGGCUGUAAAGUUGAGGGCUGAGUACGGUGCCAUCCUUCACAUGCCAGUGUUAAAAGAGGGAAGAGAUAAAGACCCCCACACUUCAGAUCCCUACAGUCAGGGCUACUCGGAUCCUGGCUUGAACCCAGAGUAUCUAAUAACAGGAACACAUCCUUACCCAUCUGGACCAGGAAUAGCUCUGAGUGCAGACACACAGAUGCACAAGAUGCCAUCAGAGGGAGGAGUUCAUGCUUUGGCACUGGCCUUGCCCCCCUCCCAAGCCAGGCAAGAUGUCAGUCGCACUGCAGCCAGUGUGGGAGAGAUCCACAGGCAUGCUGGGAUGCCAGAGAGAUCGAUGCCACAGCAUAGCCUGUCCCUGCUGGAAGGUGGAGGUACCAAGACUACCACCAUGGUGCCUAGGAAAGCUCCAACCAUGCCCAAGCCACAGUGGCAUCCUCCCUGGAAGCUGUAUCGCGUCAUCAGUGGUCAUCUCGGUUGGGUUCGGUCCAUUGCUGUUGAACCUGGUAACCAGUGGUUUGUAACCGGAUCAGCAGACAGGACUAUCAAGAUCUGGGACCUGGCGAGUGGGAAGCUAAAGCUGUCUCUGACCGGUCACAUCAGCACAGUGAGGGGCGUGGCGGUCAGCACACGCAGCCCCUACCUCUUCUCCUGUGGAGAGGACAAACAGGUCAAAUGUUGGGAUUUGGAGUACAACAAGGUCAUCAGGCACUACCACGGCCACCUCAGUGCUGUGUAUGACUUGGACCUGCACCCAACCAUCGAUGUGCUGGUGACGUGCAGUCGUGACUCCACAGCAAGAGUGUGGGAUAUCAGAACCAAGGCCAAUGUUCAUACACUCUCUGGCCACACCAACACCGUUGCUACGGUGAAAUGCCAGAAUGCUGAGCCACAGAUCAUCACAGGAAGCCACGACACCACCAUCAGGCUGUGGGAUCUCAUUGCUGGGAAGACGAGAGCCACACUGACCAAUCAUAAAAAAUCUGUGCGCGCAGUCGUGCUGCAUCCACGACAAUACACAUUUGCCUCUGGCUCUCCUGACAACCUCAAGCAGUGGAAAUUCCCAGAUGGAAAUUUUAUUCAGAACCUCUCAGGCCACAAUGCUAUCAUUAACACGCUGGCGGUCAACUCAGACGGUGUUCUGGUAUCAGGGGCUGAUAACGGCACCAUCCACAUGUGGGAUUGGAGGACGGGGUACAACUUCCAGCGCAUUCAUGCAGCGGUGCAACCUGGCUCCCUGGACAGCGAGUCUGGAAUCUUCGCCUGCACAUUCGACCACUCUGAGAGCCGCCUUAUCACAGCAGAGGCCGACAAGACCAUCAAGGUGUACAAAGAAGAUGACACUGCGACCGAAGAAACACAUCCAGUCAAUUGGAAGCCAGAGAUUAUCAAGAGGAAGAGGUUUUAAAAGACAAACUAGUUAUGAGUUUUUUUUUUUUUUUUUUUUAUGCUCUGGAUGUAUGGAGACUAUUUUCACAGAUAUGUGAUGGUCUUAAAUAGAAAACAUGACAACAAAAAACCUGUUUAUAUUUGGAAUGGUUGGCAUCUCAUUUAAGAAUUUGUUUUUUGUAAAUGGAAGUGUGAGCUCCUCUCUCAAUAAAGAAUUCAUUUUUUUUUGUAAUUUGA